AUGAAACGCCGUUUUGGAACUGCAGACCUGGAAUGGCUGCACCCCAAUAACUUCUGCGACGAACCGAUUUAUUGCGAACCCCCUCAUAAUCCCGACGAGAUCCUCUACCACGGCUCCGACGACGAGGCAUACAGCAGCCCUACCGAGCGCCGUCUUCGUUUCGAAACACAGGCAGAGCGCUUCCUCGAGGGGAAGCCGGUAUUUUUACUCUCGGCCUCCUUGCGUGGACCGUUCGACAGGGAAUCCGGCUGGGUGAAUCCAUGGCGCUCCAAAUCAACCUUCCGAGAGAAGUCGGCUCGGAGGAAAAGACUGGCAGUGUCGAGGGGAACCGUACCGCAAGUCGAAUCAAGCGACCUCUUCGACUCAAGCUUUCGGCAGCCGACUCCCGAGCGCAGGCCCGACCCCCCUGAAGUCACCUACACACUGCCGCGGUAUAUGGAUGGUGACGCUUUCCAUCGAGUGUGGAAAUGGCGGGAUGCCGUGGUCGCCGAGAGCGAUGCCCCUACGAGCUCCAUCCAACAGGUGUCGCAGCCGGAGCCCACUUCAGCCGAUUCGAGGAAAGCAACACAGCAUACCUAUCGGAGACAAUCAAAUAUGACGGCCAUGAUUUUGAACGAGCCUGAGAGUUCUGGACCGGACCUACCGGUUACGACUGGUCCAAUUGUUGCUCCAGGCCAGGUUAGAGCCAACCAAACCAGCUCUAGUUCUAGCCUUUCACCGCCGCCAAUAGACCUGCUGGACCCGACACAAUCCUCUCCGCAUUCUUUUGGGAUUCACGACGAGCUUGCCCUCCCAGACAGAAGCUGUCUAUACCCGACAACGGAAGGAUCGCCUUCAACCAAGGUUCCAGCGGCUGGUUGGCGCUUGGAGGACGGGAACGCUACACCCAACGGUAUCUUCCCGGAGGCAACUGUGUCUUCUGUCCAGGUAAAGACGCAGGCGAGCGCCCGGGCGGAUGGGAGCUUCCGGUACCGGCGAAAAGGCGCGAGGGGGAAAGAAUCGGCUUUAGGCAGGAGUUCGCUGCUGUAUCCCCCGUCAACGCCUAGCGAUACAGCAGACCACGAGAAUCCUGGUGGCCGGGCAUCUCCAACAAGUACGGCGGUGAAGAAAGAAGCACCACAGUCGGAUAUUGCUAGGGCGCCUUUGGUCGAUGCUGCAACCAUCCGUCCUGAUAUUGUUCCAAAAGUUGAAGAGGUUCAAGAGCAGGGCAUACUUGAAGAUGCGCCUCAAAUCGAAACUUCUCAGAACUCCCUUCAGUCGGCCGAAGAGGCAGCUGGUCAGAGUCCAAGUCAAGGCCAGAUCAAGAAUGAGGAUAUGACAGAAACUGCCUCGGAAAUUGACGGACCUACGCUGGUUCCUUCAUCGUCGCCAUCUGGCUCAGAACACCUCAGCAGCAUGCCCAGCUUCGGGCACUUUUCAGUAGAGAGGCACUCGCAGGACAUUAUCUCAGAGGCUGCUGGAAUGCCUCGGAGAUUACUUUGGCCCAAAUCGCGGCGGAGUGCUAGCAGGAGCGAGUUCCUCCCCGUGUCUAAGCGAGAAGCUGUCCACACUCCAGCAUCGACACCGUCGGGCCUUGGGUCUGGGCGUUCCGGCUCAGUGUCGUCGAAUGGUUCGAUUCAGACCAAGGAAAACAUACACCCACCGGAGGAAAAUGAGGAUGACCAAGGACCGACAGAUGCUAUCGAGGAUUGCGUUCAAGAAGACCCCGCCGCGGUUGGUGAAGUGGUCGUAGAAGUGGGAGGCAUCGACAUGGAAAUGGCGACAGAUAGCGAAACAACAAGCGAGGAUGAGAACGGGGACGAGGACGAAGAUACACCCGAGACUGAGGAACUGCAAGCCGAACCGCCCGCCGAUUCCGAUUCCAGAGGUGACAGAGACAGGCAUAUGCAACCCGCCUCGUCUUGUCCGGCUCCACAGAUUCAAAGCCCCUGGGCAACCGACGAUGCACCACCCCGUCCGAGGUCACAUAACUCCCAACCGCAACACAGCGAAGUCGGAAUAGGCGGUACUGAGCCGACCUUCUUCGAGUCCAUCCAAAGUCCGUGGGUUAAGACGGAAGAUGACGUACACGAUUCCGACAUCCCCACACGACUUCCCGACCCCCACCCCGCGAACACAAAACUGUCCUUCAUGGCAAGUCAAGCACUUGAGCCAAAAGUAUCACAAAGUCCCUGGGCACGAGGCGAUUCGCAGUUACAACUGCCGGAAACCCGGCUGUUCAACCAUCUGUCCUCGCCCGCCAACAGUCAUAUAUUACCGACCAUCGACCCUGUCCCUCACUCCCAGGUGCCCCACAACGAGGACAUCGACAUGCGCGAUUCCCAACUGUAUCCUCAGCCCCCAUCAACCCCUGAGACAAAGCAAUCAAGCCUCCCAACUCCCGAUUUCACUCUCUCAGUCAAGUCGUUCAAAAACUUCAUGACUCCCUCCCCACGACCUGCCACCAAGCGACGCCGCGUCUCAACCGUGGCCGAUGACCACCUCCCUAGCACACAAGCCCUCGUCGACGCAACCAUCUCCAACCCGUGGACCCGACCGCCCACGGUAAAGAGACCGAAACCAACACCAGGGCAAUCGCAUCAACACCGACCAAUCAAACGCGUCUCUUGGGCCCUCCUACCGGACGAGACCGAGCCCUCACCCUUCUUUGACCCAGACUCGACAACAACAACCACCAUCACCAACCCCUCCACCCCCAACACCAAUCACCCCCCGUCAUCAUCCUCCCAGCAACAAACCAACCCCCACCAAACUCACACCCCCACCCUCCGCCCGCGCGCAACCUCCCCCCCACCCAGCAUCCUCUCCACCACCAACCUCCCCGACGCCGACGACAAAUUCCGCGGCCACUUCGCCGCCGUCGCCAGCAGGCGCGUGGGCGCCACCCCGCUGCUUCAGCGCCUGAGUGCCGCUGCGACUGUUACGGCGCUGGCUAACGCUACCCCUGCUGCUGCUACUCCUACUUCUUCUGGUGGGGGUCGUGGUCGGGGUCGCGGGCCGAUGGUGCGGUUGCUGCCGAGUGCGUCGCAGCAGGUGUGUGAGAGUCCCGGCGUGGAGGCGAUGGCGGAGGCGUUUUUGAGGGCGGAGGGGGGGGUUGAGAUGGGGGGUGGUGGUGGUGUUGAAGUUGAUGCUGGUGUUGGUGUUGGUAUUGGCAUUGGUGGUGUGGAAGAUAGAGAGGCUGGGAUGGCGUUUGAAAACGAGGGUUCACGGGGACUUGAAGAAGGAGAGGGAGAUACGCUGGGAGAGGUCGAAAUGGAGACAGAGGGUGAUGUGGAAGGAGAGACUCGGGAGGAGGUGGGAGAGGAGACACAAGAGAUAGUGGUCGAUGAAGUCAGUGCGGUGAUGGAAAACUUGGAUGAUUUUCUCGGGGGCAACUGGGAUCUCGAUGCUGAUCUUGCCAAAGUGAGGUCAGAUCAAGCAAGGGAGAGUCGGGGACAUGGCAGUGACGGGCCCAGGUUGUCGGGGUUGAUGGAUGUUGGUGUUUGGGAUUGA